GAUUGGCCUUAAACUUGUAGGUGGGCAUCCUGCCUCAGCCUCCCAAAUGCUAAGAAUGAAUGCCAUAUAUAUAUGCCAUUCAUUUCUAGACUAUUCCCCGAAUAGUCUAGAAAGACUGCCCACCAAGAACAUAUAUAUAUAUACGUAGCACCAACUAGUCUAGAACUCCCUAUGUAGACCAGGAUGGCCUCAAACUCACAGAGAUCCACCUGCCUCUGCCUCCUGAGAGUGCCAGGAUUAAAGGCAUUCGCCACCACACCUGACUAUUUUGUUGUUACUUUGAGACAAGGUCUUACUAUGUAGCCCUUGCUAGCCUGGAGCUUGCUAUGUAGACUAGGCUGGCCUCCAACUCAUAGAGAUCCACCUGCCUCUGUUUUCCACACCUAACUGACUUUUUAAUCAGUCAGAGUCUUGCUAUCUAGUCCAUACUGGUCUUGAACUUGGGAGCCUCCUGCCUUGGCCUCUUGAGUGUAGGGAUAACAGGUGUGUACCAUCAAGCCUAGCUGAGUUCCUUCCUUAAAGCACUGGUGGGUGGGGCGUCUACCUCUGUAGUCCUUGGCCUGCCCCUCCACAUCUCCACAAAUGAGCUCUGGGUCCCCCAAUUUGUAUACAUUAUCCCCUGACCCACUCCAUACCUGCCCCUCCCUGAGGUUCACCAGCAGACACUUCAUCUCUGCCUCCCUGGUGGGCCAGAGACUUGGGGUGAGAGGUAGCCUUCCCCAAAUAGUCUAGAAAGACUGACCACCAAGAAUCUUCACUGUGGCAAGAGGAAGUGUGGCCCUGGCAGCAGAGGGCAGCUGAUGCCGGGAAAGAGGGCCACAGUAUCGAGCAUCCCCUUGCCCAGAACCACCCUGGCCUGGGUAGGUAGGGGACAGGCCCCUGUAAGCCCUGCCUCCUUUUAACUUCCCAACCUGCCGGUAUGGCCCAGAUUAAGGGGCUUUGCAUCUUUGGGCUUCAGUUUUCUCAUCUGCAAAGUAGGCAAGACCACAGCUCCAUAGACUGUGAUGAUAAAGGAGGCUGCUGAGACAGGAAACUGCCCCCUGCGUCUGCUGCCACCUUCUGUCGCCAGGGUUCUAUGUGAAGCAUCCAGAGCAGCUCAUGGAGCAGCUCCCCAACAUCACAGCCCGCCAUGCAGAAGAAUUACAAUGUCCGUUUCACCAAGAGUGCCCGAACUCCCAAUGAGCAAUACUUUCUGGAUCCUGAGUUGGGGCACCAAAAAGGAUGCUGUCGUCAGUGGCGCCAGGACCCGGUGGCCACUCGAGCCCAUGGGCCCUGUCAGCCAUCCCCCCAGGCUCACUGGCAGCAGGCCUACCGCAGCCACCGGGGUGGCAGCGGCUGUCGCCGGGGUCCCCAGCCCCCCAUUCUUCAGCGGCAGCGGCAGCAGCAACGGCAGCUCCCACCCCCACCUCCCAGCCCCCUGCGGCAGAGGCUUUGUCCAGUUCGAGGGGCCCAGAAGGGGUCACCCACAAUCGCCACUGCCCCCAUGGAACCAGCCAGCGCCCCCCAGCAGCCCCUGAUGCCUGUCACCUCCUCACCCACUGUGGUGCCCACCAUGGCCAGCAGUGGCCCAGCCCUGCCCUCUACAGCAGCCGGUGCCCUCCUGGAGCCCAGCGAACCCACCGAGGCUCGGCCUCUGCCAGCGCCCGCCUCCUGUGGCUCCUUCACCGCCUAUGGCGCCGACAUCCUGACUGAGGAUGAUGUCUACUGCAGCUGCCUGGCCAAGACUCUGUGCCAUGUGCCCGUCCCUGUGACCGUGGGCUUCUAUGCUCCUUUCGGCUGCCGCCUCCAUAUGAUGUUGGACAAGAUCACCACGCUGAUGCAACAAGAGGCGGCGCAGCGGGAAAGCGAGGAGCUGCAACGCGUGCAGUGGCGGCCGCGGCCGGUGCGCGGCUGGGGCGUCCCGCAGCUGCUGUGGUACCUGGUGUUCCUGCAGCCCAUCAUCACCGAGCUGCACCUGCGGCGCAAGAACGUGCAGUUCCUCUUCAUCCGCUUCAGCGCCUGGCAGUACGCGGGCACCGACAAGCUGUGGGCCGGCCUGGUGACCACGCUGUGCGAGGGCAUCCGCCACCACUACGGCGCGCUGCCCUUCAGCGUCUACUCGGUACUGGGCAACAAGCCGAGCACCAGGAGUCGCGGCUUCUGCCAGCGCGAGUGGCACUGCCGGCUUCGCGUGUGCCUGGCGCUGCUGGCCCUGCUGGCCGCGCUCUGCCUGGGCGUGGGUCUGCUCUACCUGUCUCUGGGGGGCCACGGUCCGGGUCACGCGGGCCACAGCGGCAGCCUGCUCAAGGUGUUUGGAGGCGCGGCCACUACGCUGUCCGGCUCCGGGCUGCUCAUGGCCGUGUACUCGGUGGGCAAACACCUGUUCGUGAGCCAGCGCAAGAAGAUCGAGCGACUGGUGUCGCGGGAGAAGUUCGGCAGCCAGCUGGGCUUCAUGUGCGAGGUGAAGAAGGAGGUGGAGCUGCUCACCGACUUUCUGUGCUUCCUGGAGAUCUACCAGCGGCGCCGGCUGCGCGUGGUCCUGGAGGUCACCGGACUGGACACGUGCUACCCGGAGCGCGUGGUGGGAGUGCUCAACGCCAUCAACACGCUGCUGUCCGACAGCCACGCGCCCUUCAUCUUCAUCCUGGUGGUGGACCCCAGCAUCCUGGCCGCGUGCCUGGAAAACGCGGGUGACAUGAAGGGUACAGCAGAUAACGGCUACCUGUUCCUCAACCGUACCGUCACGCUGCCCUUCUCGGUGCCCAUCAUGGGCCGUAGGACCAAGCUUCAGUUCUUGCACGACGCGGUGCAGAGCCGCGACGACCUGCUGUUUCGCGAGAUUACGCGCAAGCUGCGGCAGCCGGGGAACGAGGGCGAGGGCGCGCAGCUGCUGGCGGUGGAGACGCAGACGGGGGCCGAGCGCUCGCAGGGUCGCAUCGACGCCGAGGCGGCCCGGCGCAUCCAAGAGGCGCUCUUCUGCUUGCACGACGAACGGGACUGUCUCUAUGAAUAUGUGCCCGACAACGUGGUGUCCAUGCGGCGCAUCGUCAACACGGUGCCUAUCACCGUGCGCCUGCUGCAACAGCAACAGCAGGCAGACUGCAUGGGGCCCACGCCACGCCAGGCCGUGGCGUGGGUGGUGCUCGCCAACCAGUGGCCUUGUCGCCUCAGCUGGGUGCUGCAAUGCCUGGAGGACCGACAGCAGGCGGGGGGCGCGCCCGAGGGUCGUGCCCGCCUCUGGGACGUGUUCUGUGACAACAGUCGAGAGCUGCACACCAUGACCAAGGCAUUGCAGAACGUGCUGGACCUGGAUGGUGACCCGGAGCUCUUUGAGCGCUUCCUGGGUGCUGACUUCCCCUUCACCGUGACUGAGGCGCAGAGCUUGCUGCGCUGCACAGUCAACCUGGACCAUUCCAUCCGCCGCCGCAUGGGUCUCAUCAGGGCGGUCAGCGCCCUCAAACCGCCCAGCCCGCCGAAGUCCCCAGCCCAGGACGCCCCCCAGGCCACCCCGGGAGCCAAUAACGCCUCUGGGGCAUCGGAGGCGGGCGGUGGGCCAGGACACAGCAAAGCAGCACAUCACCCCCGGGACCGGACCCAUGGGGGCAAGCCAAGGCCCAUGGCCUGAUCCCUUAACUGUGGGGGGACGAAGGCCAUUUGGGCCUAGGCUGAAAAACGCUAGCAGCCGCAGGUGGCAUCAACUCCUGGCCUGCCCUGAUGAGGGUGUGGGGGCAGGGCUGAACUCAAGAUCAAUGGGGCCUGGGGUGGCCACACACCCAGGCGACCUUGAGAGGCCAGCAGGUGGUAGCCUCCAGAACCAGACACUGUGCCCGUGCCAGAGUCAGAGCAGGUACAGAAGGGCCAGUGAGGAACACAGGGGUCAAGUGCAAUAAAAGAAGCUGUGGAAAGCCGGGGGUUGAGCUUCAUGUCCUGGAUUCUCUGGCUAGGUGAGGGGGUACCCACCCUGCCCAGCCCAUUUCCUCCUGAGGAAGCCAGGCCUAUGAGCUGCUUCCUGGCAGCUAAAGCUGGCAUCCUGGGUGGCAGGAGGCCUGUGUGGGGGCGGUGGGUGAGGCUCCGGGGGCUGGAGAGAUGAAGGGCAGACGCCAGGUUGACUCAGGCAAAGGGAGUGCCCAGGCCUCAGGGUAUCUCAGGCCCUUUGUCCCCACACCCUAGCCUGCCCUCUGCGGGCAGGGCGGGAACUGGCAUUUCUGAGGGUGAUGCCUGUGACCUCAGCGGGUGGCUCAGCCCUCAGUGUGUAGGUUAAUGAGGCCUCAGCCAGCUGAGUAGGUGGCACUGCCACCUCCAGACAGGUAACUGUCCAAGAGAAACUAUUCAGGUGCCUGUUUUACAGGUCACUGCUGGUUAAUCCACAUCACUGGUUACUAGAGACAGGGAAGUUGAGGGACAGGGAUUGGGACACGAGGGAUUAUAGAGUCUGAAGAAAGCCUGGCCAGAGAGCACAGACUACAGCUGGGUCCUACCCUGCCAGCACUGUCAGAGACAGGGAUGGUUGUCACUCCUGUGGGCUGGCUCUGAUUUUUCAGUGGUCAAAUAUGCAGCCACACAGGCAGGCUGGAGGUCUGUGCACUGUGGUGCAGAGAGGAAGCCUCAGGACUCAACACUGAGCUACAUGGAGACAGAGAUCAAGGGAUGACUUCCUUUUCCUUUUUAAUUAAUUAACUAUGUAGGCUUUUUUGGAGACAGGGUCUCCCCAG